AUGGAGGUUACACUUAAAGUUAAUUUUAUUCUUGAUUUAAUUUUUCUUAUUCCUAUUCAUUUUUUACAUCAAAUUAUUCAUUUAUAGGUGGAAUUUUAUUUUAAUUUAAGUAUUUUGGAAUAUUUUAUUAAUUUUGCAUUUCUUUUGUUUGUGCUGACUGUUGAUCUAGGUAUUUUGGCUUUGUUAAAUUAUUUUAUUAUUGCAUUUUUUAUCUAAGAUUUUUAUUUUAAAACAGAGUGUAGGCUUUUAAAGUUGAUUCUUUUAAAUUGUUACUAUUUAUUUUUUAUUCCUUUUCAUUCUUAUUAAGAAGCAUUUCGUUAUUAGGUAUCAAUGUGUUAAAUUAAAAGCUUUACGAAAGAUUAAUAUUUUUUAGGGUUUACAAAAAGCUAGUAUUUUUAUUUUUUAACUUAUCUUAUUACUGGCUUGUUAUUUUUUAUAUGCCAUUAAAAUUCUACAUUUACUAAAAGGUAUUAACAUCUUUAGAUUAUAAAUAUUAGGUAUUUUAUAAGGGAUUUUUACUUUCAUUUGUAGACUCUUCAGUUUGCAUUUUUUAAUUUAAUGUAUUUGAUUUUAAUAAAAAUUUUAAUUUGGCUUAUUUAUUUAUUUACUGUAAAAAAUGUUUAUCAUGAUUUUUUUCCUUUGAAUUAAGGAGCGAUUUUGAUGAUAUUGAUCUUUUUUUAGGGGAAAACUUUUCUUAGCCAUCAAUACCGUUAUUUGAGACAAUUGAUUAAGAUCCAUAUUAUUUUUAUAAUAUUUGUUAAGGAUCCUAAUUAUUAUCAUUAUAUCCUGAUUGAUUUAUAUUUAAAUUAGUAUAAUCACUGUUUACUCUGUUUAGCCUUUACUAUUAGAUGCUUUCAAAAGAUUUCUAUCUUCUCUUUAUGUUAAAGUCACUUAAUUUUUUUUAUAUUUAUUAUUUACGGUGAACUGGAUCUAUUGGUUUAUAAUUAAUAAUAAAAUCUAAAAGUGAUGAGUGAUUUUUGUUUUUAUCGAUAGCAUUUGAGUCGAUUUUUUCCAAGAUAUUCUGAUUUUCUUAUUGUUUCUUUAGAUUUGUUUUUUCUUUAAUUUUUUUGGAUACUUUUUCAGUCAUUUCUUUAUCAAUAUUACAGAAUUUUUUUGAAAGUUUGUAAAUAUAUUUGUAGCUAGUGCUCAUUUCAUCAAUCAUCAUAGUGCUUUUAUCUAAAUAGUCACCCAUUUAAACAUUUUGCUUCUUAACCUUCACAAAAGAAUAAUUUGAAAAGUUUAACUUUUUCAAAGUGUAAAAAUCACUCUCACUUAAUACUCUACUCAAAUGAUUAUUUCUCUUUUAUUAAUUUUCACAUAUGA